CAGUAAUGUCCUCCCUAUUUCAGCUGAUAUUCCAAGCAUGAGUUCUGAUGAAGAGGAUUUACCUCCCCCGCGGAACUUCCUCUCACUCCGAUCCAUGAUAAAGAGAGGACAAGAAGAGGAAGCGUUAACGUAUAUGACAGACCACAACUUAACAGCGGACUCUUUUGCGCGGAGGGUGAAAUCCGGCGAGCGGAAUGAUAUAUUUUGUCCAGUUUGCACAGCCGCUCAAUCCGGACGACUCAACAUAAUGAAGACUUUAAUUUCAAUGGGAUUUUCCUUUCAGAGUGCAAGUCCAACAGAUCUUGUGUUACACAUGGCGCCUGUACACUUGGCCUCAUACGGCGGCCAUCUUGCUGUUGUGAAAUCCCUUAUAGAAGAGUAUGGAGUUGACGUCAAUACUCGAGACGGGUACGACAACACCCCUGUCUACUGGGCCAUCAAUUCGCUGGACGCUAACCUUGACCUUGUCAAGUAUCUCAUAGGUGCUGGGGCGCCAGUAAAUAUGAAAAAUGAGAUUGAUAAAUCAUCCUUGCUCCAUACCAGUGUGAAAUAUGGAAAUACGGACGUCUGUACUUAUCUGUUGGCUCAAGGAGCUGACGUCACAGCACGUGAUCACAACGGAUGCACACCUCUGCACAUAGCCUCUGUGUGGGGUGACGAGAGUUCAGCACGUGCAUUGCUAGAAGCAGGAGCUGAUGUGCAAGCGCGUAACAAAUCUCGCGAGACCCCGAUUUUAGUCACAGCGAAACACGGGAUUUGGCCGCUGAUGAAAAUGUUGUAUUCGCGCGGUGCCGAUCCAAAUGAUAACGACACGGAUGGGAACACAGUUCUUCAUUAUGCAGUUGUCAAACAGUCAUACGAAACUGUUUAUUACUUAACCGUACAUCUUAAUGUUGAAUUCAACGUGGAAAGUGUGAAAAACGAAACACCAUUUUGGUCUGCUGUGACGUCAGGCAAUUUGGACAUCGUUAGAUUGUUAGUGGACUCCGGCCAUAAGUCAUACCUGCCCACUGGCGAGGAUGGUGGCCUUGUGUUCUCUGUUGCUCACUUGGACCGUGGAAGCAAGGAGUCGUUGAUGUCGUACGUAAAGGCGGCUGUGACAAACCCGCAGUCGCUGCAGGAUCUGUGUACGUUCAGAGUUAGGCGAUCCCUAGGGCUCCAGGUAGGCACAGCUGUUGAAUCUCUGCCACUGCCUGGUAUUGUUAGAGACGUUGUCAGACUGUGUCAUAUUUCCGACACUGUUUGAACCGUAUCC